CACCAUGUUACAGAAUUCCGAUUAAAUUGAACACCCGUUUAACCCUUUCUUUUGUCCUAAGUCCUCACUGCUUACCCCCGCCCCCGCGCCCCUCUGCAUCUCGCAUUCUCGUGAGCCCGCGCCCAGCCGGACCCUCGUCUCCGGCGGCCUCCCCGUCGGCGGAGAGCGCUUAAUGGAGCAGUAGGGACUGCGUGGAAGCUGUAUUCCCCCGAGAUCUCACACGCCCAUACUCCGGCGGCGGCCAUGGCGAACUACCUCGCGCAGUUCCAGACAAUCAAGUCCUCCUCCGACCGCAUCGUCAUCGCCGUUGAGGAUGUGAGCGACUUGUGGCUCAAUGUCAAGGAGAGUUUUGAGCAGCGUGUGCCAGUGAAAAAGGCCUGUCUAAACAACAAGGCGAGGAAUCCUGUUUUUGUUGAUAAUCUACCAGCUGAGUUUAUACAAACAACUGAUUCAAGGUUGCGGAGUCGAUUUCCACAAGAACAAUACUUGUUCUGGUUCCGGGAACCAUAUGCUACUGUUGUUCUUGUCACUUGUGAGGAUCUUGAUGAAUUCAAGACCAUUCUUAAGCCUCGCCUCAAAUUAAUUGUGCAAAAUGAUGAACGCGAAUGGUUUAUUGUGUUUGUGUCCAAGGCCCAUCCUAGCAAUGAUCAAGCAACUAAGAUGGCAAAGAAAGUAUAUGCUAGGCUUGAGGCUGAUUUCAACACUAAAAAAAGAGAAAGAUGCUGCAAAUUUGAUCUCCAUGGACCCGAUGCGGAAUUCUGGGAUGAUUUCGACUCUAAAAUGGUGGACUGCAUCAGAAACACAUUAGACAGGCGGGUUCAAUUUUAUGAAGAGGAAAUCCGGAGGUUAAGUGAGCAGCGGUUUACUCCGAUAUGGAACUUCUGCAACUUCUUCAUUCUGAAGGAAAGCUUGGCGUUCAUGUUUGAGAUGAGUAAUCUCCAUGAAGAUUCACUCCGUGAAUAUGAUGAACUUGAACUAUGCUACUCAGAAUCAGUGACCUCUCCAGGGAAACAUCGAGAAUUUGGAGGAUUAGAUACUGGUGAUGAUCAGGCUGCACUGCUAAAUCCAGGAUUCAAAGCACUGACCCAAAUUGUUCAGGAUGAUGUAUUCAGAGAAUUUGAGUUUAGACAGUACAUAUUUGCUUGCCAGGCUAAGCUAUUGUUUAAAUUGUCUCGUCCAGUUGAGGUUGCUGCCAGAGGCCAUGCUUUUGUUGUUGGCUUUUCCAAGACACUUGCCUUGCAUGAAAAUUCUCUUCCAUUUUGCUUCCGUGAAGUAUGGGUGAUAACUGCAUGUUUGGGUUUGAUAAAGUCUACAACUUCACAUUAUGAUGGUGGGGCUGUUUCUGUUGACUCAGAGAAAGAAUUCCAUCGUCUUCAGGGUGACCUUUAUUCUCUCUGCCGUAUUAAGUUUAUGAGGCUUGCUUACUUGAUUGGUUAUGGGGUUGAGAUAGAAAAGAGUCCAGUCAACAGUGCAUCUUUAAGCAUGCUACCAUGGCCAAAGCCAGCUACAUGGCCUUCAAUUCCACCUGACUCAUCGGCAGAAGUAAUGGAAAAGGAGAAGAUGAUUCUUCAAUCAAAAUCAAGAGAAAAGCUCUUCAACAUUUACAGGAAACCUCUGCCACUAGAACCUUCUUUACUUCUACGUGAGGCUAAUAGGCGCAGAGCUUUUCUUUCUGUUGGAAAUCUGUCUGAGCUAUAUGAUUCAGCUGAUGGUUCAGGUUUAGAUGCCAAUUCAAAACUUUCUCCCAACAGAUCUGCUUCUAACUUCAUGGCAAGAACAAUGUCAGGUCCAGCGAUGUCGGAAACUUCUCUGCCAGUUGAUCGGCCCAUGAGGUUGUCGGAAAUUCAUGUUGCCGCCGAACAUGCUCUGAAACAGACGAUAUCAGAUCCUGAUUUUAUGACAUCAUUUUCAUCAGUAGAAGAAUUUGAGAAAAGAUAUAUGGAGCUUACCAAAGGUGCAGCUGACAAUUAUCACCGCUCCUGGUGGAAAAGACAUGGAGUUGUGCUUGAUGGAGAAAUUGCAGCUCUGUUCUUUAAACAUGGAAAUUAUGACCUGGCUGUGAAGUCCUAUGAGAAAGUUUGUGCUCUCUAUUCUGCAGAAGGCUGGGAAGAGCUGUUGGCAGAUGUUCUUCCUGAUCUUGCAGAAUGCCAGAAGAUUCUUAAUGAUGAAGCUGGUUACUUGGCGUCCUGUGUAAAGUUACUUUCUCUGGACAGCACCUUAUUUUCAUCUAAAGAGAGGCAAGCUUUUCAGUCAGAAGUCGUUCGACUUGCUCACAGUGAAAUGAAGCAUCUUGUGCCACUUGAUGUCUCAUCGCUAAUUACAUUUGCUGGAAAUGCUGGUCCACCACUAGAAUUAUGUGAUGGAGAUCCUGGUACACUAUCUGUAGCAGUUUGGAGUGGCUUCCCGGAUGACAUCACACUGGAGUCUCUCAGUUUAAGAUUGUCAGCUUGGUCUAGUGCAGAUGAAGGUAUCAAGGCAAUAAAGAGUUCAGAUUCUCAUGUUCUCAAACCAGGUAGAAAUACCAUCUCUUUUGAUAUUCCACCUCAAAAGCCUGGUUCCUAUGUGUUGGGUGCUCUUACUGGACACAUUGGCAAGCUGUCAUUCAGAUCACAUGGAUUUUCUCAAGAUGGUCCAGUGGAAACCGAUGAAUUCAUGAGCUUUGAGAAGCCAACAAGACCUGUUUUGAAGGUGAGAAAACCAAGGGCUUUAGUUGAUAUUACCCCUGCUGUGUCCUCUGCAUUGCUCAUGAAUGAACUCCAAUGGAUUGGAUUAAUCGUCAAGCCAAUAGACUAUUCUUUAAGAGGUGGCAUAUUGCAUAUAGAUGCUGGUGCUGAACUGAAAAUAGAAGAGUCUCAGAUGAUUGAAAUAGAAAAUUACAGAGGUGAUAUGGAGCAUGCUAGUUCUGCUAAUAGCUCUGCUGAAGCUGGAAAGGUUGAAAAGAUCCCAAUUGAAAAUGGGAAGAUAAAACUUCCAGAUUGGGCUAGUGAUGUAACUACUCUUGUUUGGUUUCCUGUUCGUGCUAUUGAUGAUACUAUUGCUAGAGGAGAAUCCCCAGCAUCUCCUCAGAAGCAGAGCAUAGUUGAUGGGAUGAGAAUGAUUGCUCUCAAGCUUGAAUUUGGAGUUUUCCAUAAUCAAGUAUUCGAAAGGACCAUUGCAGUACAUUUCACUAACCCAUUCCAUGUAAGCACACGUGUUGUAGACAAGUGCAAUGAUGGAACCCUACUUCUACAGGUCAUACUGCGCUCUGAAGUGAAGGCCACUCUGCAUGUAAAGGAUGUACAGUUAGAUCUUCAAUCUGGAUUUGAGCACUUGGGCAAGGGAGAUGGCCGACCAGCAUCAAGUUUAUUCCCUCUGGUUAUUGCUCCUUCUUCCAGAGCUGGAAUUCUAUUCAUAAUACGGUUAAGUGGCACAAAAGAUCUGGAUGAGGUUGAAAAUGCAGACAGCAUGCUGAAUAUCAAGUAUGGAAUAUCUGGUGAAAGAACAACUGGAGCACAUUCUCCAGUUCCUGUCCAACCUGGUGAUUCUGAAGAGCUCUUGUUCAAGAUUGCACUCAGACUGAAGCGACCUGUCCUGGAUCCAUGUCUAGCAGUUGGAUUCCUUCCAUUUUCUACCGAUUGCCUCAGGGUUGGGCAGUUAGUUAAUAUGAGAUGGAGAGUUGAAAGACUGAAAAGCCCGGAGGAUGCAACCAUAUCUGGCGACGAAAUACUUUAUCAGGUUGACGCAAACCCGCAGAACUGGAUGGUGGCCGGGAGGAAAUGUGGUCAUGUAUCAUUGUCAAACGAGCAAGGUUCGAGGAUGGAAAUCACGGUGACAUGCAUCCCGCUGGUGUCCGGGUAUGUCCACCCACCGCAGCUGGGCCUGCCGGAGGUGGGCGAGGUGAACAUCAGCUGCAACCCGGCAGGGCCCCACCUGGUGUGCGUCCUCCCUCCGGCCCUCAGCACCUCCUACUGUAUACCGGCGGUGUGACUGCCAAUUUUUUCGCUUACAUGAGCUGUAGAGUGCCCGUUUUGGGCGAGAUCUCCUUUCUGCAGACGUUUCGCUGGAACGAGUCUCUUGUAAAUUUUCUUGUGCCGUGACCACACGUACGACUGUACAUUAUUCACUGGUUAGUCGGAUUGCUUGGGUUCUCCUGGAUCCUGCGAAAUUCGUGAGACUGAUUUAUUCUGCA